GAUUAACAUGUGCUUUCGCACCCAAACGCCGCAUAUAAAUUGCCUGCAUUCUCCAUUCUCGCGAAGCAUUACCAGUUAACAACUACGUUCCUCCACUAUAGGGCUCUCUCUCUCAUCCCUCUUUUCUACCCCCAAGAAUACAUGUAGAAAUCACUGUUGGAGCUACACCCAACAUGGAGGAUCUUGAUUUUGAGCCUACCGGACCUGUUCGUGUUACUGGCAGAUUUCGGCCCAAGGCGAAGCCCAAGUCUACGAAAAUAGCAUCUACUGCAGCUGCCUCUAAUUUCCCUGAUGUUGUAACGGAAGAUUCAAUCCCAUUAUCUAGCACUGUCUCAGAUACUGUUCCAUCUACUACAUCUGUUGAUGUUGGAGGGGUUAAAGUAACACAUACAGUUGGUUCAUCCUCAGCGACCUCAGAGAUCUUAGGGAGACUAGAGCCAUCAGGAAACAAUGAGCAUUUAUGGUCAAGUGUCCCGUCCUUGGAUGGUGACAGAAUCACCAACCCUUCCGAAUCAGCUGCAGCAGAUACUUUGCAACCAUCAGUUAUGGUUGCAGCUUCUAAUGGAAGUGAAGGUUCACACUCUGUCUUUGGAAAAUCAGCCAGCGAGAAUGUAGACAUAUUCUCAGGAUUGGAAUGUCUUGACGAUUGUCUUACCCAAACUACCAGUGGUGCAGUGCCUGCUUCCCGAAAAUCCCCUGAUAAGGUCAAUGGGGAAAAGUGUGGUGCUCCGACACAUUGCUCUGUUGAGUCUUCAGCAUUCUUAGUAUGUGAUGUUGCAGAAGCUCAAACUAUUUCUGAUUAUUGUGCAACGCAAGAUCCAGUGUCCUGCACAGAAGCUGCUAUGUCCAUUGAACAUGGUGAAAUCCAGUUAGAAACAAAGGAGAUUGAAGCUUUAGAUGUUGUGUUUGAGGCUCCCAUUUCAACUGGAUGCCAUGCUGGAAAAUUUCAACCCAAGCUCAGAGUCAAAAAAGGAAAAGAGAAUCCAAACAUCCCUCACCCUGAAGUUGAGUCCACCAUACUUUCCCAACCUGCACAUUUUGAAACAGGUGAUAUGGAUGAGAGCUCAUUUUGUGCCUUUCCGCCAGGAGAUGUUCAUAAUCACGUAUCUCCCACUUUUGGUGAUUCUAUAGCCCCAAAUCCAACCCCUAAUUUCCAAGUGAAUGCAGAAAGCUUUGCAGAAACUACUAAGUUAGAUGAGGCUGUUUAUGGGGAUGCUGUGUAUUCAGAGGGUAUUUGUGCGGGGAGUCAUAACAGUGGAAUUGGAAAGGCUUCUACAGUAUCAAAUCGUCCUCAGUCUCAGAAGCGCAAAGGUUCAGCAGCCGAUGAGGCUAAAGAUGGGACAUCAGCCAGGAAGUCAAGGAAGCGGUUUCCCCAUCAACAAGUUGAUGAUUCAGGGAACAAUACUAAUGAGGACAGCUUCAAUGCUGAAAAUUCUAGUGAUUAUGAUGGCAAUGAAGAUGGGGAGCAUAAUACAGAACGGAGAAAAAAAGCCCCAAGAAAGUCCAAGGUACCUGUAUCUGAAAAUGAAAAACCAGUUCAAAAGCGUAAAAGGACCAAGAAAGCACCUGAUGAACCAACCAAAGAACCGACCAAAAAGAAGUUCUCCCAUUCAACUCGUAGAAAUAGAAGACAUGUGGACAAGUCUUUGCUUGAGAUCCCAGAGGAUGAAAUUGAUCCUCAAAAAGUGCCUAUGAAGGAUCUUAUUCGGCUAAGAGAGUAUAGGGAGCGCGUAGAGAUUAAAGAGGCAGCCAAGUUGAAAACUCCAGCGUCUGAUCAAAGUGCAAAUGACGAGUUUCAUAUGGAAGCUUCCCAUAAUGAAGAGAACUUUGGUUUCGAACACAUGAGCUCUGAUGAAAAUCAAGUACAUUACCGGGAUAGGGUUAGCACAAGUUACUGUAGCUUCAAUUACCAAUCUUUUAUGAAAAAACAACGCCCUGCAAAAUGGUAUGAACAAGACACGGAACUUUUCUAUGAGGGUAUUGAGCAGUUCGGAUCCGAUUUUAGUAUGAUCGCACUACUUUUUCCUGGUCGAACACGUGAUCAAAUCAAGUUUAAGUUCAAGAAGGAAGUUCGUCACAAUCCAUUACGUAUCAAUGAAGCCUUUCGCCGUCAAUCGAAAGACAAUUCCAAAUAUGUUUUGGUGAUUAAUGAGUUGCAAAAAGGUGCUGGGGAAAAGCUGGAGUCUAAUGCAGAUGAGUCGAGUGACAUGGCAGGCCAGGAGGAGGUAGAGCUGACUCAUGAUAACAAUAGGGAAGUGGCAAAACCUGAGUUGGAUAAAAUUGAAGAUAUGGAAACUGAUGUUGCCGCCGCCGAAGUUCAACACGAGGAACCUGCUGUUGCUCAAGUACAUAGUCCCAUGAAGUCUGAUCAAAGUGAUGAUGGUGACGGUUUUGGCGGUUGGGAUGAUGACUUUUAGUGUAGAGAGUAACCUAAAAGGAAAUUAAAUGCAUCAUUGGAUCCGCAAUCACUGGUAGACUCUCACAGAUCACAUUUUGACUAUUAGCAUGUGGAGAUAGAAUUCAUUUAAUGAGAAACCAGUAACAGCUGAGGAAGAACUGGCAAGAAUGGGAUUGUGAGUUCAGCUUAGGUCCAGAUCUGCGAAGAAAACAUCAGCUUAGGUGUUCUUAGGGGAUUGUGACUCUUUUUUCAGCAAAAUUUGUUGGCAACGCUAUUCCCAGCCCCACAAGUUUUAAUUUGGAACGGGAUGACAAAUUUGUUGUAGAAAUGUGGAAUUCAUAGCUGUUAUCAAUAAAUUGCUAACUUGCUUGC